UUUGGCAUUCUUCGAAAGGGUGUGACUGACUGAAACGUCAAACAAGUGGCUGUUUACGAAUCUCCCUCACAGUAUUUACGUUGUUUUUGUACCAUUUCUGAUUUUCGUAAGGUUUUCCUUUGAAUCUCAUCCUGUUUUUCACGUGCCCGUACAUUCCGAUAGAAGCAUUCCCAGUGUCCUUGUACUCCGCAAACACGAUGGAUUACUCGAAGCUAUUCCCGUUGGCCGUGCUGCUACUAAUCGGGCUUGUUGGCGAAUGUUCUGCUCACGAGUGUUACGUUUGCUCGAAUCAAACCGGCAACACGGAAAAGUGUCUGAACACGGUCAAGAUCUGUCAGCAGGGCGAGGACGCCUGCCUGACGGAGAUCCGAUGGGGCAGCACGCCAUACUUUUCGCUCGGUGCCCAAAAGCAAUUUUACGUUUCGAAACGUUGCGCCAAGAAAGAGAUUUGCCAGCGUAUCCGCACCAAACACAUGCCGUACUGCACGCACAUCUGGUACGAGGAUUGGACCUGCUCCGCAUGUUGCCUCGGUGAUCGGUGUAAUUAUUACGUUAUCAGUGCCGCACCCACGGUAACGCUGUCAGCACUGCUCGGCACAAUGCUGGUGUUUGGUGUCCUGCUGCGCAGCAUUAUAAGUAGCUGAGAUACGCGCGUCUAACGAUAGGAGCAAUUUUCGACAGGAAAAAGUCCUACUAGUUUGUAUGAGGUGUUUUUCAUGGUGACACAAUGAUUUGCAAUGAACCUACAAAAGAAAGUUUAUUACAGUAUUUGCUUUCUCGCCUACAUUCCACAUUAAUUUUACGCUUCUUGACUCAUUUUGUGUCUCUAAUGAAAACAGUCAUACAAUUAGAGGAUGUGUACGAAAAAGAGUUUUUUUUACGUUUAAUAGAAGCAAACAAUCGUGCCUCUGGUAGAAACUAGUAUUGUCAGCUGUGCGGCCACAAAGACAGCGAAGCCUAAAGCCUCUAAGAUGUAUUAAAUGAAUCCGUCCAACAUUUUUUACGAAGUAUCAUCUCACUGUUUAUAAAGAUCAUCAGGUAUAGUUGAUGAAAUAUACACACGAGUGUAAUAUAAAGUAAGGAUUUAAAAGUACUGUGAGUUAUUGGUUGUAAAGCUUAAAUUAGGUUUACGUAGAGCGAUGAUAUCACACACAACAGCAGCAGAGAAGAUACUUAUACCCUCCAGGAUAACAACGAACAUCAAUUUUUUAAUUCUGAUAAGCAACCUUGAUUAGCCUCGUUAUCGUCAUUAACAAAACCAUCUAGAAUAAGUCUUGUUCUUUUAAAAAUAACACUCUUACAUAGACGCAAUAGGGUAACGAUAUCAAUUUCCAACAAAACAGGUGUAAUAUAAUCGGUAGAGAUGUCAAAUGUAUCUCCAUUUGCUACCGACUCGUCAGCCAAAACACAUACAACGGACACAGUUAACGGUUGAGCGACUGUGAUCAACAUUCCGACAUUUGUCCCACAUAAUAAUACGUAUUAAGAGCCAAAACUAUGUCUGCUCGCGUAAGACCUUGUACGCGAACGACUUAAUAACUCCAUUACGUACAUUCAUCUCCGGUAGAAUUUAUCCUCCAGCAAACUGUGUACAAACAAAAAUAAAAACAGACCGUGACAUCCAA